AUGGUGGUAGAAGUGGCUGUAGACGAUAAUGCAUUCACAAAUGCUCUAGUUCUAACCAACAUAGCGAGAAUCCGAUGGAGAAGAUAUUAUCACGUAUGUCACGUCACAGAGCUUCAAUGGAAACUGGCUGCUUCAACCUCUCAGAUACCUGGUCACUCCGCAUCACUCCAAGAUCCAUUGUUGAAUGCCCAUUUGGCCUUACUUGCUGCUGGUAUUCCUUGCGCGUGGCGCCUAGGAGAUUAUGAUCCCACUCAAAAAUCACACAAUGGACGUCCAACGCGACUAUACGCUAAAUCGACCAUGGCUUCUCUCACCACAACUCCUGAAGGAAUGUCGACAAGGCAAGUUCCUGAAGCACCUCGGAACCACUACAUCGGCGAAGAAAAUGUGCGAUUGGCUUAUUGUAUCUAUCUAUACAGCGCUACUUCUCCGAUGGGGAUGGGACAGAACUCACCGCAAGCAACACCUCAAAGUACUUCCCCACAAUAUAUGCCAGCAUCACCUUACUCAGUGCCCGUUCCUGGAUCGGAACUGCCAACUGAUUUCUCUCCGAUUCCUGCCAUAAUGGAUGAUGUCGCUCGGCCAGCUGAUCCGAAUACGUAUGAUACAACUGGCGACCAGAAUGAACUUAACGCUGUAGAAGAUGGUGUCCUGUCACGAGAAUUAUGGAUUUUCGAGUUUGGAGACUUGAAACUACAGCAAUGCCCAGAGCUACAGAAGCUCACAGAACUCGAAGCUGGAUGGUUUUCGUCCGACAAUGUAUACAAUACUCUCGGAUUGGCCUCUAAUGCACCUUGUACAGUUGAAUACUCCUUAUUUAUAAAUGCCAUGCACAAUCUGUUGGAAAGAUCAUUCACCAAGAAUGGUGUAGUCCGAAUUGGACAUCAAUUUAUAAUACCUCAAAAUGUUUCUCAGACUCCAUCGGCGUCGUGGUGGAGAAUGGCUGGCGAAGCCCAACACCUUGCAUCGUAUGGUCUUCUCGUAUUGAGCCCAUCGGGAGUCACAGCACUAGCAUCACUAUCGGAUUCCAAAGAAGGGAAGCCCGAUGAGUGGUCUUCUGUACUUAAUGUAGUGGUGGGCCGUCAGGAGAGUGAGCUACCAUCAUAUUUAUUAGCGCGAAUACCUGAUUCCAACAUCACAUGCAUGUAUCCGACCAACUUAAUAUUCGUACCUGUAAAAAGUGAAGGUCAAAAUCAGCCUUCGGAGAAAGAUGUGGCAAGGUCGCAAUGGAAGGAUGCCAGCGUGCGUGCUACUAAACUGUUUCCAGCCAUGUCAAGAUCAGAUUCGGGACAAAACAUGGACUAUUGGGAUUAUGUUUCCUUGUCUAGAAACGUAACAGAUCUAGUAUUGGAGAAGGCUGGAACUAUAGAUCCUCUGCUUAUACCACCACCUAGCCAUGAUGUGAUCGUAAAACCCAUGGCCAAAUCCGAGUCACUUCCGAAAGGGAACACUUCAACAGCAGCCCAAGUCCCAAACGGAAAUGCCGUGGGUUCUGUGAUAACUGGUGCUUCUUCGCAACUAGUGCCACCUCUAAAACAGUCACCUCCCAUAUCGCCCGCAUCUAAGCCGGUAAACCAAUACGAUUUUAAUGAUAGCAUGGCACUGCAGGGCCGCCGUGACGACUUUGGUGGUGAUUCAGACUUGGAUAUGGGAGAUGAUGAAAUAGGCGAUGAUGACUUUGAUUUUUUUGAUAAACCUGUAAAAGCAGCUGGUCAUGUUAGCUCAAAUCUGGUGACUUCUGCUGUAGCAUCUGCAGUAAACGUACUCCCACAACCAGUAUCGCCAAUUUUCAGUUUGACUGGUCUUCCAUCUCCUAUUCCAAUGGGAGCUCCCACUCCAAGGUUACCACUAGGAUCUCUUGUACAGACACCUGGUCCAACUGGAAUGACGCCCCGUGAUCCAACUCAACCUCCCACUCCUAUAACUCAGGCAUGGCAGUUAGAUACACCUAAUGGGUUUAUUCGGACUCCAUUACCGGUUGCGACGCCCGGUGCUCUGCUAGAUAUGAUGACGAGUCCUGUAGUUACAGACCUCUUUGCGGACUUCGAUCGUAAACCAUAUAAUGUAGAUAUUGCUAGUCCUCAUCCACGAGAAUCCGAUGAUGAUUACGAUGUACCACAAGCAUGGUCUGCAAUAGCCUUCACUAAUCUAGAAGGCUUAAUAGGUGAUUGGUCUGGUAGUAGCGUAAACAAGUGGGGCAAUAGUGAGCACAAAUGGAAUUAUCUGCCAGCUACAAAGCCAACUAGUAAACGAAAACGAACCUCGCCUUCGCACACGAUACGGUCAAUCAAACAGACCAAAGUCGAAGUCAGGUCUGAGUCCCCAGAAUCCGAUGAUGACAAUGUAGCAUUGUUGGAGGAAGAUGUAAACUAUAAUGAUGCUAUUGUACAAACCGAUGGCAUACUGCUAGCUCUACAUGGUGGUGGGGCUCUCGCGGGCAAAGACGAACAUAUCUUUUGGGCAAGAUUAUGUGCUGGAUCGUCGAAACAAGCAGUUGCGGUAGACCAAUCGCAAACAGCUGCAACUCCCACAUCAUUAAUUGAAGAUAUGAUGAACAACACGUUACCGCAAUGGAAGGACGAAGAUGCGUAUGCUAUAGCCAUAGAAUUAGUGUUGGAGCAUACUUGUAUGGGCAGUGAAGCAUUGAUGGCAUCACAAGACACGUUGUCGCCAUUCGUAAAUGGACUGGAUGGUGAUUCUAGGACGAUAUCAAGUCCAGACACAGUUGCUGCUGCCUUGUUUCAAUUGGUGCCGAUGAUUAGCAGUACAUUGUCCAGAGAUGGUGGUCCUGCCGCUGAGGAGAGACAACAACGACCUGUUUUGAAGGGUCCGUUGACCAUUCAGCAGUAUAGUGAACUGCAAGAAUCUGAACGAUCCGUUGCAAAAUAUGGACGAUUCUCACUUCGUAAAAAGGCCAAGAAAGCCACAGAGCCCGUUAUAGAAACAUUACCUAUACCCGAUAUCUUGGCACGACAUGAUAACAAUAUGUUAUCAUUAUCACCGGUCGCAGUUAGAUUUUGGGAACGGCUGCGGUUUUCACCAGUUGGAGGAUCUAGAGAUGUUCAAUGGUUGGCAUUGUGUCCUGCUGGCCAGGAAGUGUGUGAUGAGACUCGGCGAUGGAUGACAGAUUUUUGUACUGCUUAUACGGCCUGUCGUCUUGGAGCUUGUCAGCCGUUUGCCCUGUCAGAUACGAUUGCUAAACCAGUGAUUGCAGCACAUCUAGUUCCACCUCAACCACACGAAUCACCUGAUGCGCAACGGUUUCGCAGCUAUGUGUCUGCUGUAGAGAGACUGUCUGGUUAUUUAGCUCCAGUUGUGGAUCGGCUAACUGAUUGGCUGGUUGUGUUUAUUGUCGAUCCGUUUCCUCAUAUUCCCAAUUCUUUAUUAUAUUUAUCAUGGAUGUUUGGAAGAGCGCUAGUUGGAAUGGCCACUGAGACUCGUAAUUUGGCCUUUCUUCGGUCGAAAAUUAUAUUGCAGGUGCUACCAAUUGAGGUCAUAUUGAAUCCAGAUGUGUUUCGAGGAGCACCAUCUAUUGGUUUACGUGAAGUAGCUUUCAGCGUCUAUUCCAAAUGUCGUCAACACUUUAAACGACCAGAGCUGCCUGGAUUUGAAUCUCAUAUUCCCAAUGCAUCGACAGCUAUUGCCAACUUGACAUAUACAUUGUCAACCAACAGAACGUCUCGACAGGCGUCAUUUUCAGCUACAAAACGACUGGCACUGCCAGCUCGACAUUCAGUGGAUGCCGAUCGAAUCAUGCAUAUUGCUAUUGGAUCUAGUUCUGGAUGGAUUUGUGCAACAUGGUGUGAACAGUCUGGAGAGGUGGUUGAGGUAGCUGCUUUUAGAAAGUCAAAUGGUGCCAAGCAAUGUAUUCAGGAUGUGCUUGAGCGGACGUUGGUAUUGACUGGUCGUGGAGGUGUUUGGUGGCGUCUUGUGUUUGGAUUUGAUGCGUCGGUGGAUGUACGGGACCUUGAAUAUUGGCUGGAUUCAUUUUCAUGGUUUACAUUGACAACAAGGCCUCAAGCUGCUACACUAGAUAGUCCACCACUACAGCAGAGUCAGCUGGUGCCUACAUUUAACCAGGGAGGUCCCUUAACGCCACAUGGCAUGCAUAUGGGUUCUCCACUAGUGCGAAGCCCAGCAUCAACACCCACACCACCUUUAGUACCCUCAUCUAACUCUACACCACGAAUCCUCGAUGGUCUACCCUCCCAUUUUAUAGCGUCAAUAAGUCUAAUAUCCUUUAAUUCUUCAAAAGUCGCAUCGCAAUUUGUUCCCAACGAGGGAAACAGUAAUACAGCCACGUCAUCUACAAGUAGUGGUGUAGUAGGUCGUAUGGGCUUUGAUGUCGCUGAUGAUGUAGUAGGGUCCUUUAACGGUCGCAAUUUCCCUUUUCCGUUACCUGGUCAAGCAGAUGCAGGUGCCGACGAAGUAUUCAAAGAGGGGCUUCAGAACACGUCUUCUGUAGUUGUAUCUAAUCAGCGCAUUCCACUUUGGACUCGAGAAGCUGUACUGCCUCUAGCUACAGGCUGGCUUGUAAAUUCACGCAUAGUAGAUAAUUGGACUGGAGUGCAUGCUACAACUACUGGAGCUGAUGUGACUAUUACCGCACCACAACAUCGAGCAUAUACAACCAGUGUGUCGCAGGAGAUCUCAUUGUUGUGGCAUCAUCAUAAUCCACACGCUGAACUAUUGACGUCGAAUUAUGCGAGUUGGAUGUCCCCGCCGUUGAAUAAUGGUAGUAAUAGCAAUUUAUCUGGUGGUAGUAACAGUGGUGGUAAUAGCGCAGUGAGUCCUCAUCAUGCUGCUAUUGUGAGGGAUGUGCUGAAGCAGUAUCAUGCCUUGAGGUUUCUGAGACAGGCUAGUACUUAUUGGAUGAAUGAUGAUAUGGGACAGCAGCCGUGGAUGUAUCAGGCUAUUAGUAGAGCUGUUAGUAUGUUGUCUUGUACAAACUGA